UUAAACUUUUUUUCAUUAAUUAAUUUUUACGAUUGAGGACUCGUAGGGUGUUUUGGAACCAUGCGGUCUGACUUAUUUAGGGGGUCUAAUAUAAACCGUCAAUAUACCGUUGAAUUACGUAUUCACUUAUUUUUUCUCUUUCUUUUUGCUAAUGAGGUGAAAGGGACAAAGACAAUAGAAUCCAAAUAUUUCGAACUUGUAUUAGGCCCCGCAUGUUGAAAUGACAUUCGAAUAUAAAGGUCCUUGAAUGUUAUAUUGUCUCACUCAGUGAGCAAAAUGCGAUUUUGCUCACUGUUUUUAAGCAGCAAAUUACCCUUGUUCCAGCUGCUGACGUGAAAAAUCCUUUUUGCGUAGUAGUGCUGUUUACUUUUCCUUUUUUUUAUCUAUUUCUGAUCGCAUUCCAUACCUACCGCUACGACAAAGAUGAUCCAAUGAUAUUGUAGUGCGUAAAUCCUAAUACAGACAAUAAAUCAAACCGGAAUAAUUAAUGGUGUCAUUAAUUAAGAACUUUUUAAAAGUUAUAAGUACUUAAUUAUGACCCCGUAAUUAUUCGUUAAAAAUUUACCGUGCAGCAAUGUACUGCAAAUAUUACAAGACAUAAAAUGACAUUACGAUAUAUGAGCUUUUUAUAUUAACUGUCAACGCUUGUUGAAAGCUCGUAAUUAGUAACGUGUGUUGCUUAACAUUGUGGGCCAAAUUAUUUUGCAUGAUUAAUAUUUUCAUUGUAUUUCUAACCAAAAGUUAUCUCAAUAUACUUCUUAGUUCCUAUGCUAACCACAGUUUAAAGAUUCGCCCAUUGAAUUUACACACAUAAAACUUUAGAUAAGUUAUAGGUACUCAUAUAUAAGGAGCAUUAAAAUACUUCCAUAUUUAUUUCAUUACCUACGAAUUAAUCUGUUAUACUUAGUUCAUUAAUUUUCGCAUACCAUAUCUGUUGGGAUAGUCAAAAACUUAAACAUUUUUUUUAUUUCGCCAUUUGACAUUUAUUAUGUACACAAUAUUACUAGGUAUUUUAUAUCACACUAUAUUUCACUUCAAAACUUUUGAUUAUUCUGCUAAAUAGGAUUAUCAUUGUCACAUCGGCUCUCGUAAACCGAACAAAUUAAAAAGUCUAACCGUAGCGUCCGUUAUAUUCACUCUGAGAGUGUUUUUAUAUUUAAAACUUACCGUACUAACCGUAAUGUAUUUAUCAUCACUAAACGUAACAUAGAGCGCUGAAUUGACAAUAUUACAGAUAUGUCGAGAUACCUACAUAAUGACAUACUUUGUACACUUGCAAUAAAGUGUACCUCCUAUUGUUAGCUAUGUUUCUGCCACAAUUUUUCAUCUCUUUCUGAGAUAUUUUCUUAGUUUCCAAUUUUUUUAUUUAGUGCCCAUUUUUUUACGAAGCGCUGGUGGCCUAGCGAUAAGAGCAUGCGACUUGCAAUAGUUGCACUUGCAAUCCGGAGGUCGCGGGUUCCAACCUCGGCUCGUAACAAUGAGUUUUUCGGAACUUAUAUACGAAAUAUCAUUUGAUAUUUACCAGUGGCUUUUCGGUGAAGGAAAACAUUGUGAGGAAACCGGACUAAUCCCAACAAGGCCUAGUUUACCCCCUGGGUUGGAGGUCAGAUGGCAGUCGCAUUCGUAAAAACUAGUGCCUACGCCAAAUCUUGGGAUUAGUUGUCAAGCGGACCCCAGGCUCCCAUGAGCCGUGACAAAGUGCCGGGACAACGCGAGGAAGACAAAGUACCUAUUUUUGUACAUAUUUAAAUUAAAUUUCAUAAAACUGAUUAAUUAUAUACUGCUGAUAAUAGGUAUAUAUUUAAAUGUUCUUAUUUUUGUUUUCAGCGUAGCUGAAGCGCCGUGGUGGCAUGCAGCGCCCACCGCGCGGCUCCUCCCACUUCCACUGCUCAUCCCUCUACGGACCAACCUUGACGAUACCCAAUCUCCCACCCUUGCUCCUCAUUCUUAUUUUUUUUCCUAUAACGCAUACACAAAUGACGAAUAAUUCUACCCUAUCUGAGAGAUAUUUUCAAAAUGAUUCAAUCCAUAAAGAAAACAAUUAUACCAUAAAAAAAGGUAAUGAAAGCAAUAUUACAUUCAAAAACAAAAACAUUACUACAACUGUUAGUAAGGAAUAUCAAAUUUUAUUAGAUAGGUUUAGAAGAAAAAACUUAAAAAAUAUGACAGGUGAAGGAAUCUUUUACGAUAUUGGCAAUUUAACUGAUAAUUUAGAUGAUAUAUCAACAAACAAUAAUUUUAACGUAGGUCCACAUAGAAAUUCUUCACUUGAUCAUCAAAAACACUCAUUAAAAUUACAUAAUAUAGAUUUACUAGAUGCAAAGGACGCUGAGGACACUAGCGCUAUCGAAAAAUUAAGGAUGGAUGACGAAACUAGAACAAAAAUUUUUCACGAUUAUUAUUCUACAGUAAACAAAGUCAAUGCAAUUAAUGAGGAACAGAAUAUAAAUGAAUCAAUUACAAUGGACGUUUUAGAUUAUAAUGAAACAAUCGAUAUACUAUUUAAUGAAACCGAAAUUCCCCAAACGGUAACUGAUCCGAAAAUUCGCAGGCGGUUUUCUAACGACUCAUUAGUGUUCCCUGAUAACCUUUCCUCUUCUCGCGUCCCAACGAUUAUGCAGACAUCGCGUCCGGAAUUUGUUGAAGAAAUAUCGAGAUCAAGCUCCAACCGGAUCGUGUCGAUCCUGGGCCUGUUCGAGCUGUCAGUGGGAGUAGCGCCGCGAGCCGAGGGCGCGUCAGAGUUGGCCGCCGCGCAGCUGGCCGUGCAACACGUCAACCGGCGCGGGUUGCUGCCCGGGUACAAGCUGCACCUCUUCACCAACGACACCAAAUGUGACCCAGGUGUGGGCGUGGACCGAUUUUUCCACGCAUUGUACACGGAGCGCGAGUCCAGGAUGGUCAUGUUACUGGGUUCAGCCUGCUCGGAGGUGACUGAGAGCAUCGCCAAGAUCGUGCCCUACUGGAACAUUGUUCAGGUAUCUUUCGGGUCUACGUCCCCUGCGCUCAGCGACCGCUCCGAGUUCCCCCUGUUCUGUCGCACCGUUGCCCCCGACUCGUCACACAACCCUGCCAGGAUCGCAUUCAUCAGACAGUUCGGCUGGGAUACCGUGACAGCGUUCUCGCAGAACGAGGAGGUGUACUCGUUGGCCGUCAACGAGCUAGUGACGCAACUGGAAGCCGCCAACAUUACCUGUGCGGCUUCCAUCACCUUUGCAGAGUCCGACUUCAAGGAACAACUGCAACAGUUAAAGGAGCUGGACACCCGAAUAAUUAUUGGUAGUUUUUCUCAGGAGAUGAUUCCCAAAAUAUUCUGUGAGGCUUUCAAGCUAGGAAUGUGGGGCGCAGAGUACGCAUGGGUGGUGGCGGGCGCGCCGCCGCGCCUGCGCGCCGCGCCGCCGUGCGCGCGCGCGCAGCUCGCCACCGCGCUCGAGGGGCUCGUGUCCGUCACCGCACACAGGGGCAUUGUGGGGGACGCCGUCUCCUACUCCGGGCUAACUAACGAAAUGUUCCACCGCGAGAUGGCGGCCGUAGGGGUCGCGGUGUCGCCGUACGCGCCUCAGACCUACGACGCCGUCUGGGCCAUCGCCCUGGCACUCGCCAAGGCGGAGCAACUCUGGCGGGACCUGGACAUGACGCAUUAUAACGGGACCUUGCUUAAAGGAGGCGCUAAGAUGGGCUUGAGCCACUUCGAUUACAAUAGAAAGGAUAUGGCAGAAGAGUUCUUGAAUCAAUUGGCGAAUCUUAGUUUUCUUGGAGUUUCGGGACCAGUUUCGUUCAAUGGGGCAGAUAGGAUUGGCACCUCUGCAUUUUAUCAAAUACAAGGAGGGCGGCCAAAGACCGUAGCACUGUACACGCAAGGCCGAGCGCUGGCGUGCGUGGGCUGCGCGCGCGCGGCGUGGGGCGGCGGCGUGCCGGCCGCGCGCCGCGUGCUCGUGCUGCGCGUCGACUCCGUGUGGGCGCCGGCGCGCCUUGCCGUCGCCGCGCUCGCCGCCGCCGGCGUCGCGCUCGCCACGGCGUUCCUGGCGUUCAAUCUGCACUACAGCAAGCGGAGAUCGAUUAAACUUUCAUCGCCUCGUCUAAAUAAUAUGACGCUAAUCGGCUGCGUAUUGGUGUAUACUGCGGUCGCUCUGCUCGGCGUCGACAACUCUAACCUGCCACCCUACGUGUCCUUCUCCGCCAUGUGCAUUGGUAGAGUAUACAUCUUAUCAGCGGGGUUUUCUCUCGCUUUCGGCUCCAUGUUCGCAAAAACCUACAGGGUGCACAGGAUAUUUGUCAGUAACCGAAGCGGCGUGUGCAAGACAAAACUCCUGCAAGACACUCCACUGAUCUCGCUGGUGUGUGCUCUACUGCUACUGGACGGCCUGCUGGUCACGUUGUGGGCCGCGCUGGACCCCAUGCAGCGCCAGCUCAAGAACCUCACUCAGGAGAUCAGCGCUGACGACCGCAGCGUCGUCUACCAGCCACAGAUAGAAGUAUGCAAAUCUCAAAACACAACUGGCUGGUUAUGCGCGCUUUACGCAUAUAAAGGACUCCUACUAUUAGUGGGCGUAUACAUGGCCUGGGAAACUAGAAACGUUAAAAUAUCAGCCCUUAACGACUCUAAGUACAUCGGCAUCAGCGUCUACUCCGUCGUCAUCACCAGUACGAGUGUAGUCGUCAUUGGGACGAUCAUUUCUGAGAGAGCUACGUUAGCCUACAUAACGAUUACAAGCCUCAUUCUUAUAACAACGACGUCGACUUUGUGUCUGCUGUUCUUGCCGAAGAUUGUAGCAAUAAGGAGUAGUAAAACUGAAGACGACCCCGUAAUUCAGAGCUUGGGGCUAAGGUUGGAGUGUAAGACGCGGCGCUUUGUCACCGACGAAACGCAAGAGCUGCACUUUCGUAUUGAGAUUCAGAACAAGGUAUACAAGCGCGAAGUGGCCGCACUGGACAAAGAAAUUGGCCGCCUGGAGCGGCUGCUGGCAGAGCCACUCGAGUCCGCCACCAGCUCCAACGCUUCCAUUGCACUUCACAAAUGGACCGAAUUGAACACCGUAGAAGAAGAAGACCGUUGCCGAUCAGAUCCAGAAAGGAGGACACCGAGCAUCACUGGGGGCCUGCCCAUGUUGUUGCUGUCUGUGUUACCACCGGUCAUCCCUCGUGCCAGCUGGCCCUCCGCCGAGCACUGCCGGGGAAGAAACUCUGUCAGCUUCAGCUCACAACCUAAGCUAAACUAUCGCAAAUCACAACCAACAAUAGACCUAUACAGCCUCUGCUUAAACAAACGAGAAGAACAUCACGGUCUUCUAAGCAGAAUAAGAAGUUUUUUCGGAGGCAGCAGUAGACCGACCAGCAGAAAAGCCUCAACCAUGUCUAUCGCCGACCCUACGGGACAGAGCAUAGCCGCUGCUCUUAAGAUGCAUGUAGGCAUGAUCGCUGGAUUAGUUCCAGGUAAUAGAAAACAUUCAAUGGUUUUAUCCUGCAACACUUUAAAUGUACCUUCCUACCCUGAGUUAAAACUAAGACGGGAAUCUUAUGCCAAAAGUGGUCCAAUUAUUCGUAUAACAGACGAUGAGCCAUCCUGUUCCAAGUAUGAAAGACCUCCUCAGAAAUACAUUGCAGAACCAGAGACGAAAGUCAACUUUGUAUUACCAACUAUCCACAAAAGACCAAUGUCUCACGAGAACUCUUGUGAAAAAAUAAAAGGGUCACCUAGAUUUCCCCAUAGAAUCUCACCUGCUGCGUCUAGUUUGACUGCCUUGAGCGGGAGAAAAACCAGCGCUGAUAGCGUCUUUAGUAUAACAGGAAGGAUCUUUGACGAGCAAAGACGGUAUAGCCAUCAGAAUGUGACCAACCAGGAGCCUAAAGGUAAAGCUGUGCUAGAGAGCAGGUGGAAGUCAACGGAGGACGCCAGAGCGGGUCCCUCGUCAAGGAAUUAGAUGUAAAUUGUGCCAAAAUUGUGCCAAACAAACAUUAUCUUUUUACUACGUAUAUCAGGAAUGGUAUGUUAAUUUAUAAUUUUAAAAUAUUAUUCAUCGAUCAUGUUA